GCCGCCGCUCGCGCCGCUCACCGCGCACGCGACGCAUGCUGCAGGGAGUGACACGCGUUCCAUUGAGAUCGUGGAAGGUCGCGUGGUCUCCCGGGGGCCGGGCGGCACGCCGCUGGCGCUGAUGCCGCCGCGCCGCAGCUCGCCGCUCGCUCUCGCCGCUCCCGCCGCUCCCGCCGCCGCCGCCGCGCCCGCGCUCGCCGCCGCAGACAUCAUGCAGCUGCCCAUCGUGUUCGCCGACGACGACCGCACCGUCGCGCCGCAGCCAGAUGCGGGCGUGCCGCCGGGCGGCGUGACGGUGACGAGCGGCUCGCGGCGCGGCGGCGCGCGGCGGGGCGCGCUGCGCUACACGCGCGUCAUCGUGGCCAAGCGCGCCGCGCCCGCGCCCGCCACCCCGCGCCCGCUGCUGGUGCGGCGCGGCGUGCGCCUCGUGCCGCGGACCACGUAG